AAAAAUUAAAAUAAACCAUUAGAAUAACAGCCUUUCGUUUAUAAUUUUUUAAAGAAUAUUCAUUUUCAACCAACCAUUCCCCGGUAUUUGCCAUAGAGAAUAAACAGUCUUCUCACCAAAGAGUAGUCCCACCAUCCCACUCCCUCACCCUUGGAAAUAUUUACUUACAAAUGUACUAAGAUAAAAAAUUCGUAUUUCACAUAUUUCUACAUAUAUUCAAUUUCACUUAAAUAUUUCAUAUUAAACUUUGCUCUUGUCCCUUUUUGACUGUCCUAUUGAUAAAUAGACAAGCACUGAUCAACUUCAUUUUUACAGAUUUUGGUAUAUCUUGUCUUUUAUCUUGAUCCUUACAAAUUUUUUUUUGCUUCUUUUUCCCUCCUUCUAUAAUGUCUAAUCCUUCUGAUGGUAAGAAAGAAGAUGAUCAGCUUUUACAGGAUGCUUCUACUUUGUUGAUGUUUGCCAACGUUGCUGCUAAACAGCAACAAGAAGGCCAUAAAUCACCUUCACCCCCAGUCCCUGCCAUACCUUCUGUUAAUCAGUUGGCCGCCACCACCAUCAGCAAUUCCUCAAACCCACAUUAUAACAAUCAAAAUCCUCCUCCUCCUCCUCCUCCUACAAUGAACAAGGCUUCCCCAAUAACUAGCUUGGUUAAUCAAGACCCUCACCCGGCUUACCAUGGACUGACUAACCAGAUAAGAUCUUAUGAUCCUUCGCCUGCUGUGAAAGAGUCUCCUCCUAUUCCUCAAUCAAAAUCAUUACCAGAAUCCGCAAGCCACUCGAAAAACUCGUCCAUCUCCGUUCCCGACUCUUUGAAACCGGCCUUACCUCUUUUCAAUCAUCAACAAGACCCAAGAAGAGAAUCAUUAUCAGAUAAACCGCUUCAUAAUUUACCCGCCCAAGGGAACUUCAUUCAAAAUAAUCAUAAACGUUCGGUUUCAUCUCCUUCAGUAUCAGAAACCAAACAUCCUUCUCAAAGCCCUCCGCCUUUAACGAAGGAUGUUUCCAACUCAAACUUACCCUCACAUCUGCAUUCCCACUCGCAUUCCCACUCGCAUUCCCACUCGCAUUCCCAUUCCCAUACUCAUCUUUCACCUGGCCCAGCUAAUGUGGCUCUUGCUAGGGGUAUCAACAUGGAUUCCGGGAAAAGAAAUAACAACAAUGCAAUGAUAGCUGCCGCUGCUUUGGCUGCUGCUGCAGAUAUACCCUUACCCCUAAUCAAAAAGGAUCAGCCGGAGACUGAAAAGAUCCGUGCUGGAUCAUCAUCUCCUAUACACCAACAACAACAAAAACAACAAGAACAAUAUCAAGAACAACAGAAAGAUGAUCAACCUCGACCUAAAAAUGAAGACCAGUCCAUGGAAGAUGCCGUAGCUACUGAACCCGAAGAAGAAGAUGCAAAUCAAACUGAUGAUGAACAAUCUCAACAAUAUCUGCAACCAUCACAACAAAAAAAGAGUCUUGAUCAACCAAAAAAACCCCAUCACGAAAAAUCAAGAAGCGCCUCUCUUAAAGAUAUCAUGAACACUGAUGUACCAGUUCCAGAAUCAAUGGAGGUUGAUGAACAACCAUUACAAACUGAAAAAAAUCAAACUCGAGACUCUAUGCAAGCUCAUCCUGACAGUGAAAGCUCUGAAGUAAAACAAGAACUUCCUUAUACUGAAAAUGAGUUCAAACCACCUCCAUUGGAGACCUUCCAAGUUGAUCCUGAUUCUGGUUUAAUCGGAUGUAUUUGUGAAAUUGAUGAUGAUGAUGGUUUUACUAUUCAAUGUGAUGUUUGUUUCCGUUGGCAGCAUUGUUUAUGUAUGGGAUAUAACACCAACGAAGAAGUACCUGAAGAUGAAUAUAAAUGCUACUAUUGCGAUAGAGCAAAAUGGGGAAAGUUUAAUCCUGAAACUUGUAAAAAAGAUACUCUUGAAAGAUUAGAAAAUGAAAGGUCAAACCAAGAUGACGGAAUCCCUGAUCAAUUUAAAAAUAAAUCCCCUUUGAAACGAAAAUUACUGAAUAAUGCUGCUGACGAAAAUAAAAGACGUAAAUCUGAUAAAGAUCUCUCAUCUAAUCAAAAUCUUUUUAAGGAAUCAAAAUCUUCUGCUUUACUUCCGAAAAGCUCACCAAAGGCAACAGACUUAUUACCAAAUAAAGAUAAUGAGUUACUCGAUGAUGGAAUUUCGGCCGAGUUUUAUCAAUCGGUUUAUUAUAAAUUAAGAAAAAAUGAUUAUAAAAGACCACAUGUUAAAUGCCAAUUUGAAGAUUUUGGUAAGAAGUAUCGAAAUCAAACUGACUCCAAAUCAAUUGAAGUAAUGUCAUUGAACCAGUUUAAAAAUCUUAAAAUGAGCAGAAUAAUAUUACCAAAUCAUCAAAAAUAUUUACAAGAAAGAAAUGAACUCAGAAGGAAUAAGGGCUUCAAUAAAACAAUGAUCCAAGUUAAAUCAUACGGGGAAAAUCCAAAGCAAAAACUCAAUGGGAUCACUAGACUUGGUUUAUUCAUCUCUGAACGAAUCCCCAACGGUCAAGAUAGCGUCACCAUUCCAGAAGAUACUCCAAUAAUUGAAUACUUAGGAGAGAUUGAUUUUUUCGAAAGUUAUAAAAAUGAUCGAGUAAAUCAAUAUCCGAUUUGGGGUACAACUAAACCAAGAGUUUUAAAGUCAAGAUUACCUAUAAAGCAGGAUGAUAAACCAAUUGAGGUGGUUUUGGAUUCAAGAUUUGUUGGUAACGAAUCCAGAUUUAUUCGAAAAUCAUGCCCAAACACCGUUAACUGUUUUAUUAAGCCAAUAUAUGUACCUCAACUGAAUUCAUUUAGAUUUGUGGUUUAUACCAAAAAACCAAUUACCCUUACAAAUAACAACCCAGAAGAAGAACUUAGACUUGAUUGGGAAUGGGAUGGCAUUCAUCCAAUCUUAAAGAUGUAUAGUAAAGUCAAUGAUGAAACCAAAAAUGUUAUUGAAGGGCUAAAAUUUGAUCAGUUUAGUGAUGACGAAAAAACAUUACUCAUAUCAGGCAUUGAUAAUAUCCUUCAUUUUAUUGAGUGCGGUUGCACAACAUCAAAUCAAAGCCAACAAUGUGCAAUUUAUAAAAUUAAAAAGGCUACAUCCUAUUUAUUAAGAUCGACAAGAAAAGCAUCAAAUAUUAGUAAUGUGAAUUUAUCAAAAUCUCGCGAAGAAUUAAUUAGACCUAAGAAAUCGAAACAAUUCAUAUCUUGGGAUGAAAGAUUAAUUGAAAGAGAUCGAAACAUUCAACAAAGCUUGAUAAGUCCAGAACAAGCACUGCUGUCUGACCAAGAUGAACUUUUAUCCAUUGGUAGAAGAGGAUCAAAUGAAACUCUUGCAACCGAUCACAGUGGAGACGAAGAAGACGCUGACGGAGGGAAGCCAUCUGAUAACGAGAAAGAAAAUGAAAAUGUGGGUUUAAACGAGGUGAAGAAAAAAGCUUUUGGUAUACCAUUCAAACAACAAUUGAUCGCUAAAGGUAGACAAAUCAUAUCAAGUAUUGAUAAAUCAACCAAGAACCAAAAGACUACCAAUGAUAAUAUCAAUUUGAACAAUGAGUUGAUUGUUCCAAUCGUUCAAGAGGUUGUGGUGAAUAUUAAACAACUGGUUGAGGACGAAAUCAAACCAAUUCAAGUAUUAUCAGAAUCGCCAAAAGUUGACGUGAAACCCGAUGUUACAAGUAAGUCUUUACCAAUUCCAGUUUCUAAUCUAGACACUACAAAUACAACUACUACUACGUCUGAAGCAAAACCGGUUGCAGUUGGCUCAGCUUCAUCGCCAUCUGCUGCAACUCUGACUUCAUCAGAAUCGGCACCACCGCCAGUGGUGAAAAAACUCUCGUUUGCUGAUUAUAAAAAGAAGAUGAAGUAA